AUGCCGUCCAACACUGUCACCAACACCAACUCAGCUGCAUUCAAAAGCUCAGACUACAUGGACUCACCGGGAAACAGAAUGGUAAGAAACGUGUGAAAAAAAGGGGAAGUCUCAGGAUGCUCACUUUUAAGGGUUUUGAGGGGGCUCUUACGGCACCUGUCGUGUUUGUGAAUGACUGAUGAUUGCGCAGCGUUACAGCCGGUGAGUUCAGGGAGUUCAUUCAGUUGGAUUUUGGCUUUUUUGAAUGGCCUGAGAUACGCCUCUGUGGUAAUUUUGGAUUUGGCUAAUUCUUACUGUAAGGGAUUUCUUUGAACUAAACAGAGUAUGUUUUAAAAGGAGAUUAAUGACUCCUAGGCUUAUCUACAAUUGCACUUUUAAGUAUUUUCUCACAGUUAAUACAAGAGGAAUGAAGAGGAAUGUGGUUUGUACAGUCACUACAGCUCAAAGGCGGUUAAAACCUCUCCCAAUUUUAUGAAUGGAGCUGAUCCAUCAGUCAAGCUAAUGCCUCAUUGAUCUCUGAAAUCCAAAGACUUACCGGCAUCGACUCGAUCAUAUUGAUGUUCUCUGUAUUGAAGAAAUAGUCUGAAUUUGACUGUCAGUUCGGCAGCAUGCGGAGUGCCGUGUCACCUCUCAUGAAGCAGAUGCACUCAUCAUCAUCAUCAUUACGGUGUGCAUGUUUGUGUGUAAUGGCAGGCAGCAUCAGUGAUGCGACAGCAGCAUCACGCGGGCGGCUGUAGCGAGGCGCAGCUGUACUAUGAGGCAUUUGCUGCUGCGAUGGAGGUUGGUGACGUGGGCGUUGGCUGUGGAGGUUUAGCUGGAGCUGGAAUGGCUCAACAGCUCUUAUACUGGGGGGUGGUGAUGGUGGUGGUGGGGGGGUGGGUCUGUCCUCUUCCUCUACGUUCCCAUUACACAGAACUGCCCUUAGUCCUGUUGCCAGGCAACAGACAUUGCCUUAAAUAACCGGCUAUCCAGACGGAAAUAGUGGAGAGGUAUUGACAAUGAAGUAGGGUUCACCCCAGGCAACAACAAAUUAUAUUUCAGGUUUUUCUGUUGUCUUUUUUUGUGAAAAUAUUAGGGUGAAGCUAUGUGUGAAAAUGGCGCCUUGUUUUCCAUCAGUGUGUCUGAGCUCUCGGGUUGGGAAUUAGAUGAUGUUGUGUUCGCUGUUCCUGCAGGCACCACUGAAUUGUGUCAUCCAUGUAAGUGGUUCCCAAAUGAGCCUGCACACCAGGCUGCACUCAAAACGUGCUAUUAUCUAUGCAAAUUCUGCCGCCCUGUUAGGAAAAACUGAAGCACCAGGCUCCACAUUAAUAAUCACACAAUGAACGGACACCAUCUGCAAAACACAUUCUCUCGGAAAACAUCUACAUUUGAAAUGAGCUUUCAAAGGCUUCUCUUUAACAUCUGCAUUCAGAUUCAGAAAUUCAUUGUCAAAUAUUCUGUGGUGAUUCUCACAGAUUUGAGGGAAAUAUUUGUCAAUUAUAACCCCAUGCCCAUUAAUCACCUCCUCUGAUCACAUCCAUCUCUUUAUGCAAAUCAGUUUUUCACCCUGGGACACUAAUGGUUGAUGGAUUUAUUCCAUUUCAGCAGCAAACUCUGUCAGGAUAAUACAUCCCCUGACCUUUGAAAUUCCUGCCUGUGUUUAUUAACAUCCUCCAUCUUUUAAAUUAUUUAACAUAUAGAGUCUGGAGGGCUCCACGUGGGCACAGGUCCAGUUUUUUUUAAAGAGUGUUUUAUGGCUUUUUUUUUUUCCUUUAAUGGACGAGUGAUGGAAAAGAGCAGAGAGUAAAGGUGAUAAGGUUCUUGGCAGGCCUACACUCUGUAUGUAGUGUACUGUUAUCCUUCAGCGUGUGCUCACAUCAAGUGCUGGUCGUAUUACCACUACAAGCUAAAAAAGAAACGAUUUAAAGAACUAAGUUGUAAAUUUAUGAGACAAAAGUUGUUACAGUUGAAUAAAGUCUUACAUGUAAAGUCAUAACUUUAGUCAGCAGUGAAUGUAUUUUAUUUUGAAGGGAAAUGUCAGUACAGCAUCCAGCCGCCUGCUCUAAGAGCUAGAAAACAUCUCUUGAAAUUUUACUUUAAACUUUUUUAGGUUUGAUGAAAAUCCGAACACUCAGUCUACACUCCCUCCUUAAAAGAACCAGGACUCUGACAGGACUGUGUAAGAAUCUCUGUCAAAGACAGCCAGGCUGGUCGGCAUCCUGUACCCGCUCCUGCAACUGCUGUUUGUACUCAGCUGUCAGAUUUAACUUCACAAGAUGAUCCAAGUUCCUGAUUUUAGAGCAGGCGGCUGGCUGCUGUUCUGAUACCCUUCAAUGUGUUGUUUAUUUAAGGAAGAUUAAUCAUGAACUAUAAUUACACCUUCUUCUCAUGUAAUUACAACUUUAUCACGUCACACUGGAGACUAAUAUCUCAUUCAUUUACAAGUAUCUUCCCAUAAAUCAAUGAGAUUUACAUUUACAACCUCGUAAACCUGGGUUUAAUCUUCUAAGUUGUAAAACUUUGAUCUCUUCAUUUUUAUGACUCCUCAGAAAUUUACACUUUUAUUCUUGGUAAUGCAUGACUAUUAGUUUAUUCUUGAUAUUUUCUUAUUUAAUGUAGCCUUAGUACUCUCUUGUAAUGAGGAUACCUAAACACAGUCUCACCAAAGUCAAAAUUUUGGAUCUAGAAGGACUGUAAGUGGUUCUGAAUUAUUGCUGUUUACUAUUAUGACUUAUUAGUCUAUAUAUCUCAACUUUAUUCUUGAACUCUACAUUUUUUUCAGCCUAAUGUGACCUGAACCUCACAAUUUAGCAUUUACAUAGCUGUUUUCAAAAAUGGUUCAUUGGUUGUCAGCUAGUUGAUGAUAUUCAUUGCAUUUUGCAGAUUUUAAGACCUGCAGUUUGCACUAAUUUUGGUUACCCUCACAGACAAAGCACUCUCUCUGGUCUCUUGUUAAUGUCGUCCCAGUAAUGAGGAAGUUGUGUCGUCUGAUAAAAAAAACUCCCUCUGCUGUGACAGAGUGAAUCUUUGCUGGUUGAAACUUUCAACCAAAGCUGAUUCUGCAGUGACACCCGUCCAGGGGCAGUAGCUACCAGAGUUACAAAAUACUGAAGAAGUUAUCACUGAGGUUACAAAUGGUCUUGUUUCCAUUUAUGGGUUAUAUUAAGGCAUCAGUUUCAGUUUCAUUUUUUGAGCUAAAACCUUCUCACAGGAGCUCUAAGGACACACAUGGAUUUAUAAGAGACCAAAAUGCUGUCACACUGCUGAUUGGUAAAACAUGUGUUAUCAUUACGUAGCUAAUAAGGAAUUUCUUUCUUCCUUUAUUGUUGUCCUCGAUGGUGAUACGCCUGCAAGCAAAUUAUGGCAGUGGAAUUGAGCUAACAGCCAUACACCAUAACUCGUCUACCUCCCCAUCAGAUACAUAUUUUUCCAAUGUGACAGCCUGUUCCAGAUAAGAAAUUACCAUUCCUCCCUUUGGUGUCUUAAUGCUGCUCCUUCACUGCAUCGCAUUACCCUGUUCUCCAGGUUCACCACCGCCCUAACAUUCCCUCACAGGCUCCGGCCUCUAGAGGGUAAAGAUAUUUUUCUCAUCACUUCCCAUCAUUUCCAUUUUAAACUUAUCUGUUACUGUCUGACCUGUCACAACUUGGACACCCCAGGACUUAGUGUCCACUGGGAAGCUCCCCAGAGAACCACCAAAUUGGCCUUUUUUCCCCAUUACACUUGUAUUGCCAAUAGGAGCGCCAAGGUGAUGUAAGCCAACUGAGGGUUGGUGUAACAUUGUGACAUACAAAAACAUCAAGAUGGGCGACAUUGUGGUCAAAGCUGGCUGUUUGCUUUGGGUCCUGGGGUCAACACCUCUCUGCUUGAUCAUUUAUCUGUGUUUAUCCGCUUCACAGCUAAACUUACACAGGUAUCUUAAAAAGGCAAAUGUUGCUGCUGUAUCAUCUUAUGUAUUCUACCGGCCAACAUUUAUCACCAAAGGCUCCUCUCCUUCACUUCAAAGGUUAGAGCAACAAGUCCCUCUGAAAACUUAAACCAGUCCCAGCUUGUGUACUUUAGACUCAGGGUUUGCGAAAUUGACUGAAAAAUAACAUCCGACAUUUUCUGGGAUUUUGACAAUAACAGAAAAAAUAUGACAUAAAACAAAAACGUGGUCAUCAAACUCUUAUACUGUGCUAGCUUGCUCUUGCUAAAAUAGCUGUUGGACAAUGGGCUCAGCGGUAGCAGAUACACCCAAGCCAAAGCUAGAACAAUCAAGUUUGUUUGGGAAGGACAAAGCCCAAUGGACAGACCCAAACACUGUCCUGUUGGUUUGCUGUCUGCAACGCAUGACUAGGUGAUGGCAGUCAACCCAGAAAGGCCCAGACCUUGUUGAGACCAGACAUCAUCUUGGUCUCCUAGGCCUCAAGUCAACUCAUUCUACUGGAACUAACCAAGCCAUGGGAGGAGCGGAUGGAAGGGACACAUGAGAGGAAGCGGGCAAAGAACCAGGAGCUCAUGGAAGAGCAGAUGCAUGCCAGUGAAGGUGUCCUCUCAGCAAGGUCUAUGGAACCCUGACAAUCACAGGUCUGAGAAGGAGAAGUGUCAAGGCAACGGAGAAGAUGUCUGGAUGGCUGUGGCUAAGAAGGGGAGAGCAGUGUUGUCAGUCGCAGUAUGCCGCUUGGACAGUGGCUGAGGCUUGAGCAACUUUGGUAGGGUCCCCUAGUGGAGGGUGUAUGUUGUAAGACCCAAAACACCUGUAGAUACCAGAAUUCUUGAAGGAGGAUCAGCCGCAGGAUGACUUCACCUCACCACUGUACUCCCCACACACUGCACACUGCAAUCAAGGAGUGACUGGCGUAAAUUCCACACCUUGAGUAAGCCAGUGCCUGUUGGCUGUAGACUCUCAAGACUUGCUUUUGCCAAAUGAGUAAAAUUCAAUACUGUCAUUGUGCACAUCGAUAAAACAAUCAGGGCGCCACUUGCUUAGCUGUCCAAACAUGCCCCAUAUACUUAAGUUACGCCUGGUUCAAUCAGGCAACCAGGGAUGGAGUCUACCACUUUAGUUUGUAGAAGAAACGUUAUUCUAAGUUUAUUACCACCUUUGAGCUUGCCUUGCCCAUCCCUAGUCUUUCCUAUGUUUUUUCUUCAAUUCAUUGAUUGAAUUGUCUGGCAUUUGGGGUUAGGGUUAGGGUAGUCACUGUACAGUAAUAGUCUAUUAUCAUUCUAUGCUACAGUGGCUGAGAUUUAAACUCAAGUGCUUGACGUCAAGUAAACAAAGGACUUUGUAGCAGGAUGCCUUACAGUGUGGAGAGCUCAUCUAUGGUGUAAAGAAUCUCACGUUCAGUACUGAAGGAAUUUAAUAAGGACCCAGCCCUCUACCCUCCCACCACAGCUGUCAAUGAAGGCCUUACAAUCUCAUUUGCAUUCAGACCUGGUGCUGGUGGUCCUAUUCAGUCAAUAUUGGAACUCAAAGCAUCUACAUUAGGAUCAUCUUUUCUCUCAUCAGCCACAGGGGCACUUGGUGGUGGCGGACAUGGGGCUUUGUUCAUGGGGGUAGACAGUUUUAUUAAUCAAAGGGAAAUUGCAGCGGGGGGAAGGCGGGGGCUGGCCGACGUCUUUGUAACAGUGUCAAGAGGGGAUUGUCUGCGGAAGGUCAGCGCUGCGUCCGCGGAGCCUUCACUUCGGCGUAGUUCAAAGGAACGUGCCAUUCACUUUCUAUCUGCAUCAUUGUCUGCUCAGGCAAAGACACUCAAGGACCCACUGCAGCCCCCCUUCCCAAAUGUUCAAGUGUUUCAGCGAGUUGCAGUUUAGUGUGUACAGCGAAUCUAUUCUGCAUCUAUUGCUGAGGUCAAACACUCAUUACAAGAGCAAAUAACCUGAUAAAGUGGGAUGUUUUAUGUGAAAGUGUAAAAAUAGCAUUCAGAUAGGAAUGUGGAGUUGGUCCUUUGAUUAUGACAGCCAAUUUAAAAAAAAAACAUGGUGGUCAUGAUGUCUUUUUUUUAUGUCGGCAGGGUGAAAGCACAAUACUGGACAUGGACCUGAUGACGGAGGAGAAGUCAGCUAAAAGUAGUGCCUCAUUUAAAGUCAGCAAGCCUGGAAGGAAGCGCAAGCAGUUUUCCGUAAGUGUUUACCCAACGCAUCGUAAAUGAGAUCAACAACAAUUUGAGUGCUAAUUUUGUCUGUUAGAUUGUUUUUGAACAAUCCUUUGAACCUUCCUUUCCUGGAAAGUAUUAAACAUGUUAUGCACAUGAAGAGUUAAAGAAAAAGCUCGGGGAAGCACUUCAUGAAAGGGGUAUGGAUGUUGGGCUGCAGAUAUCAUCAAAGAUUGUAAUGAAGUUGUCAGGGUAAGGUGUUUCAAGUAAACUUUAACCCUGCUGUGAGCAAUUCCGUCGGAGUAAAAAAGAACGCUCGCUGGCUAAUUAACUAACUCUCACCUCUCCUCCCCUUGCCUAAAACUAAAACACUAAACAAUUAAAGAUUAACAACCUGGAACAAGGCUAGCCCUCCCCCACAUUCCUCCAAUGUCUGCAUCAUAGAGGUACAUUCUUGGUGACUUCUCAGUCUCGACAUCCAGACUCUCACUCCAACCUCAUGCAGUGAUUGGCUGAUAAGUUUAAAGAAGUGCCAAAAUGGGGUUUAAACUUUUGCCCAAGGCAUGUUCUGGACAUUUAGCGUAGUGUCAUGAGUUCAUAAGAUAAAAAAACUUCAAACACUACCUCCAUUAAAAGAGCUAAACACAGCAUGGCUCUUUGACAGCAUGUGUCAUUGGCUAACUUCCCCAGAAGCCUCAUCUUAUACAGUUUGUGGUUUAGGAAAUUAACCACAGUAUAUUUGACAGCACUGGCAGGUCACACUUUCACAAUGUAUUUGUGUCAAAAAUGGUUUAGAUGAAGAGAAGUGUUAAAAUCUUGCGCAACUCCAUGUUUCCAUUUACAUGUCAGGGACUAGAUAAAGUAAUCUUAUGGUAUCCAUCCUCUGAAAAAGCUGUUACUGAUCCCAAUGUUAAUACUAGGGGUGUCCUGAUACAACUUUUUGACUUCCGAUACGAUACCGAUGUUGUAGCCUUCAGUAUUGACCGAUACAGAUAUUGAUCUGAUAUUGGCACAAACUUGUGCAUGACAAGUUUUUCACUCAGCUGCAAUGUCUUUUUCAGACUUUAACCAAAAGAACUGCCACAAGGCCAACAUCACUCUUACUCCUUGGUACUUUGUUCAUACCUUAGUACACACUGUUGUUGUGAUUUUGUGGGCUCAGCUUGCUGGAUCAGGGCACCACUAGUUUGCAGUCUGGAAUGGACUGCUUGUAUCAGAGAGCUUAUAUCGGAGAUUUUAGAUGCAGGCCGAUAUAAUCUGAUAUUCCUUAUUUUGUGUACCGAUAUCAGAUAUCAAUAUCAUAUCGGGACACCCCUCAUUAAUAAUCAACCUUUUCCAUUUCAAUUUGUUAACUAACCUACAAAGAGUUAUUUCAACCUUGAACCUUGGCUAUGAAAAAACAAAGAGUCUUUUUCGGCGUCCUAAAACACCACAUUUACCAAAUACUUUGUACUUGAAAGCAUCACACAGUCUCUUGCAUGUUUCUCCCAAACACUACAGUAACAUAAGUAAUCAGCCUGUGAUGUCUUUUGGAGUUAAAAGUACUGAUUUAAUAAUGACUCUGGGGCCAGCAUGAACCUGGGUGUUUUGUUCCCUGAGAUGUUAUCAUUUGCAUAAACCUCUGCUUACAAUCGUGUUAAUUAAUUCUCGGGGUGCUCACUAAACACAGGGAUUACAAAAACAUUUACAGGUAGGUAUGUUGCGGAGCAAUACGCCUGGGGGGGUUUGUGUCUGUGUGUAUUUUAAGCAGCUGAGGGGUUCUACCAAUAACAGAUGAAGAAUAACUCGAGUCAAAAUCGGGGUGCCUUAGCGACUGUUUUCACAGCUGUGGGGGAUUGAACACGUGCCAGUCGCUUCAAGUGUUUCAAUGCUGAUAUUCUUUGUGUGUGAGGGAGUCACCCACAAUUCACUUUAUAUGCUUUCUACUCUCACAAAGAAAACAGGAUGCUUUCUUGUAUUUGUGCUAGGCACAAAAAUGUCAGGUCACUGUCACAGAGUAGCUGCUUAAAAAUGCAUACCAAAGUUAGGUAUUGACGAUUCAUUCACCUCACCUCACAGGGGUUUAUAUUUUACAUAUUAACAGACUUUGCUGCUCAUUGCUCACAUAGGCCAAAGCUGAAACAGUCAGUAUCUCCAGCGAGUUGGAAGGAAGCUUAUUAAACAUGCACCUAAUUCUGAUGAUACAAUGUCAAGUUUAAGCCUAAUAUGGCAGAAAUACCAUCUGUUUCGGCUACCUGGUGACAUGACUGUGAACUAAUUAAUGUGUUAAUUGAGAGCAAGUACACAAAAAGGACACUUCUACAAAUUUAGGAGUAUUAGUAACAUUUUUGGUAAAGAUCUAAUGUAGGAAUAAUCCAUCUAACCACCUUAAAUAUAACUGAGAUUACAUCCCACUGCAGAAAACAGUGACCUAAAUCUGUUUUUUUUUCCCCCUCCUUUUUUACUCUGAGCUGAUUUUUUAUGACACCUCAGGCAGCCCAAGUCUCUUCAAAUCUUGUUUUUUUCAAAUCAGAGUUUGGCAUCUUCAUAUGGGGUCUUACAUCAGACACAGACUGAAUCUACAAUCACGGAUGUUGCCUUUUUGAACGGAAAAGAAUAAUAAUCCAAUCCUCCUCUAUGCAGGGCAGGGGUUUUAUGAUUUCCAAAAUGAAUGCCAAAUUCUGCUUCAUUGACCACAGAGCAACUUCCUACUACAGAGUCACUUUAAAUUUAAUGCUAUUUAGUGCUGAUUGAGCAUCUAUUAUUACUAGUAGUACAGUUUCUCACAGCGUGACUCAUUCCUACCAUUGCUUCUCAGCCUCUGUGAAAGUCCCUUUUUAUAUCCAGUCGUAUCACAGCUAGAAAACAUUGCUUUUAAUAAUAUCUGCUGGUUAAAAUAGCUCACUGAUCGUGUUUAAAAUAACACUGAUGAGUACGGAUUCUCAGUGGUAACAAAUAAUACUGCUGAAGACCUCUGCAGAGAUGAGGGGAACUACAUAUUUGGUCCUUUAAUUAAGGAUAAGGAUGAGCACAAACUUUAUAGUCUUCUUAGGAACAUUUGUCUUAGACCACAGCUGCAUUCACAGUCCGUACAGACAGCAGACAGUUAAAUAAUAGACAAAUGAGACACUCAGAGACGCUAUUAAAGAUGUGGAUUCGACUUUAAUAAUGAUUAGAUGUUGAAUGUCAUGUUUGCAGUGUGCUGGAUUGUGUAGCAACGGUUUACAUUGACCUCUGCCUGCUUGUCUGAGCUGCCUCGUUUACCCACGGUGACCUCUGACCUCUGGCAGGGGCCACAUGUAGUUCACUGGGUCGCUAAUCUGUUGCGUAAUUCUUUCAGCAACGGUUGUGUUUACUGUUUCCCUGCGUGUGUGUGUGUUUUCAGCCUAUUAACCGAGUGUGUGUGCAUAUGUUUGACUUUCACACUGCAGCCUCUCUUUGUUGUUACAAAUUGAGUCAGAAUAUUAAUAACCCCUGAGCUUGUUGUUUUCAUUCAUGGUGUCAAACAGAUUUACAAGCCCACAGCUCUGUAUGAGUGCAACUGCUUAGAAUUUACUGUUAAUUUGUUCUGUUACCACUGCGAUGAAGUCAUGCAGAUUUCUGCGGCUGUGAGUAAUGCCGAAAACCCAACUUUGGCUUGAUGGAGCUUUGUUUUAUGAAACUUAACAACUAUCACUGAAGUCUACUCUGCAUUUUUGUCCAAAUUAAUUUACCGUGCAUUUAUUAUGAGGCCUUUUAAGUCUAGUGUAUCUCUUUACUCUCACAUUCUCUCUGCUAGAACAAGGUUACAUUUGACCUUUCUGCUUCAGCAUCCUGUUUGCUAAACAUUGCCUGCAGGAAGACAGAUGCCUCCUGAGGCGUAUGCUGUCUCAUGCCCAAAACGCAAACUGCCCUGCCUUUACCUGCAGGGGAUAAAAGCUUCAGCCCGGCUUUCAUCAGCGCCGACAGUCUGAUCUCACAAGGCAUGCUCCACUUUCUGCUCCGAGUGACCCAAUAAUGGGAUUGUCUGAGAAAGUGUCUUUUUCUGGCUAUUUUUGGGCGGGAACAGAGACAUGCAGAUCAGCUUUUUUUAACACUCGAAGCUGAGACGGAUCUUUUCUAGGUCUUACAAGAGAGUCGGUGUGGGUUUUUUUUCUGAGCCAAGGAAGAUGUAAGAGCUGAAUGUCUGCCUCUGUAACUCUAGAUAGGUCAGCUCUCUUUGAAUUCACUCCUCUGCAAAGAAUGAAAUAGUUUCUUUGGGCGUUCCAAAGCUGGCCGGAGUGAAAACGUCUUCCCUGUCAAACAGCCAACAUUCUUGACAUAUUUCCGUGCUGCUGUAAUGUUGAAUGCACGGCCACAGGAAGCUCAGUCUUGUACCUGAUGAACUCGAGUGUAAUCCUUUCCGCGCUCGCAAGUUAAUGGCUGUACAGCAGAUUUACUGGCACGGCUUUGAAGUUUACAACUGGAGUUUAACAGAGCAGAAUGGGAAAUGCCAUAAUUCACUGACUAAUAAGUGUAAAAGUGGAGCUACGUGUUUGAUUAGGUCCAGAUGGAGCUGAGGGAUGAAAUUAAGCUUAUCUAACAUUAAAGGGAUGAUUGCUUUAAUUCACAUUUUCUUUUAAACAGCCCGUUUCGACAGUAGACACCGAGGAGUGCUUAUCUCCACUCGGGUAGUUCCAGCUGUUUUACUGUUGCUCAUAGAGAUGACCUUUUUCAAAGCAUGCCGGAUGAUUUGUUGGAACUCCUGAAUGGUUUUGUUUAUUGCUCAGCUACAAUAUAUCUAGAGAUAUGUCAAAACUGCCCAUUCAGAAAGCGGUUUUAUUCCUUCAGACUUCAGACUGUAACGUACUGCUGCAAUAACGAUCUCUGCCGCUGAUAAAGAGCAAGGAUGUUAUAGUUUCAUCCUCCUCUCCUCCUGCAGGUGGAGAGCUGCGGCUCUCUCAAAGGCAGCAUGAGUUUGGCCAACAGCUACGCCGGGCUUGGUAGGCCGUCCAUGGCACAGGUCCACAACGGAGAUGUGGGCGGGCACAGGGACAGGACAUCUGAAGCCUGCUUCCCCAAACAGGAGAGGAGGGAAGUAGAGAACGGGAUCCCCAGAGACCCUUCCUCCUGCCGGGCAGAGGACAGCUUACAGGGCCGGAGCCUGAGCUUGCCCCAGGAGAACGGAUUUCUGCCCAGCCGGGAAGAGCAGGACGCGGAAAAAGACAAGGACGACAGCCUGACGCCGCCGCGCAAGAAAAGAGGGAGGCGGAAACUGGAGCGUCCAACAAAAUGUGAGUAUUUUGGCUUCUGCCUGUUCAGCUCAGAUUUAUCUUUUGAUCUGCUAUCUUUGGAUCCAGCAGGAAACAGUCAUGUGGAUGUGACGUGUACAAGACGUUUAGUAAUGAAGUGUAAAACUGAAAGUGGUGCUGGCACACGAGGAGAGCAGUAGAUCAGAGCUGGAAUGUAAAUCAAACCUGACUUUAAUGUUUAUGCAGUUUAUUAUUAUUUAAUAUAACUUCAUGAUCGUUGAGAAGGUCUUAUUGCACCGGCGAAUCACUUGGCCAUGUUAAAAACUUGGCUUUGAUUUGUCGAAAUUUCAGUCAGCAGUUAUUCAUUCAGAAUAACAAAAGCAACGCCAGGGACAACCAGAUCACACGUCAUACAAAGUCAAUCAGCACCAAUGAUUUUGUCUUACAGUUUAAGAACUCCAUUUCCCAUAACCACCUGCUCACCAUGCAUUAUUCAUUACUCAUCAAAAAGUCACAGCCCAAGGUCUGUCUGUUUUUUUGAUUGUUCUCUGCAAAAAAAAGUGACAUGUUCGAUAUCGUGAAAAGCAACAAUUGAGAGACUGUCUACGAUGGUGCAUGUUGCACACCCCAUAGUCACAGCAUGGCUUCUCUGUACACAACCACUUUGCAUUUUAGAGUGCAGCCUGCACUUGAAGAAAAUAGAAAUCUUUAAAAAAAAACAAAUAGAGAAGAUAACUCUCUGAUGAUCCUGAUGGAUUACAAAUAAACUUCAUUUAUGGAUAAACACAGAACAUAGAGGUUAGGGCUUAUGUUCCGAUAUGUUCGAGUCUUGCAGCUUUAUAUGUACUGGCCUUUUUACAAGCCUUUGGCAAAGAGCCUGUUGUAAAAAUCAAUCAUAAAUUCAUAUAAUUCAUAUAUCAUAUUCAUCCAUUUCCUGAAGAGCACCUGACCCUAACAAUACAGUGUUGGAUUCUUUGACCCCACAAAACACUCAGCCACCCUUUUUUUCUAAUUAAGGAUUUAUUUUGAAACAUUUACAUGCUGCCCUAACACUUGACAUUUUGCUGAAAGAGUUAUUUAAAAGAAGACGGGAAUGAAAACUAUUUCAAAUAAAAAUUUAGCAAUACUUGAACAAUAGAGCCUGUGAUAUAUUUAGUGGACUGUUCCUGUUUUCCCUGUUUAUUAUAAAUCAUUUUAAAUUGAGUUUUGGUCUCACAGAAGUGAACCAUCAGCAGCCACAGUGCAGCGGCAGAUAACAUUAGCCUAUAACGAUGAUAUAAAUCAGGGGGGCAUUGUUUGGAGAGAGUGGUGCUGACAGGUAGUUUUUUAGGCCAAGAUGAAGAUUAACAAUAUCACUUAGCCUCCCCCACACUCUCUGCCAUCUACCCCUCUCUCUCUCUCUCUCCCUCUUUCUCUGUCUCUCUGUCUGAGCCACGUGUCUCUCCCUCCUCUUUCGGCCACAGAGACACCGGCUAUGACCUUGAUGAGGAGUGCAGUAAAUAAAGCCCAGGGAGGAGCCACUCGUCUCCUGGCAACUGGCCUCAGUUGGGAGCUGGCAGGUCUCUGUUGUGGCCGCCUCCCUGUCGGGGGCCGUGCCAGGUGGAUGGCGUUUAGCCCAGAACUCUUUACUGUCUGAGUCUGCACCGGGAAUUCACCUGGAUCUGUGUUUCAAGGAUCUGUUACGUCACUUUGGGGCACAGAUCUGGGAUAGCACCGUUUCCUUUUGGUGCAAAUGGCUCAAAAAUAUCACUAACGAAUCAGGUCUGCAUUUCUGCUACCUGAUCUGGGUUUGGGUCCUGUGCUGCUCAGCUUUGAUGGACAUUGUUUUGAACAGGUAGAGCAUAAAGAAUGUAGUCCGACUAAUGCUGGGCUUCCACCAAACAAUUUUCACAGCCCCAGACUAAAAACUGAAAGUCUUAAGUAAAUCUUGGAGUCUUACUGAAGUUACAGCAGAGUCACAGUGCCCUCCCGUCAUCUGGAUCGUUAAGUUUAAGGUGUGGUCUGCGCUGUUUUAUAUCAGUCCUUUCCUAGUCUUGGGUUUGGGACAAUAUCAAGCCUGUUUGAUAUUAUCGCAAGUCACAGUGACGUAACACAACCAACAACCGAUAGAUGAGCUCUAGCAGAAAAGAAACCUGACAGUCAAAACAUGAAGAACAAGAAGAAUUACCAUAAAAUUGAUGCAGAUAAUGGAGCUGUGGGCCGAUCAGACUCGCCUAUUCAACAUCAACUGCAGGGUUUCCCCUACAUGUAAUGACACACUGCCACGGCUAAGUAAAAGCCACCACACCUUGACAAUGAAGUUUAUUAUGCGCUAUCUCGGACUCAAUAUGUGUCUGUAUAUGCGGUGCACACGGGCAGCACUAUUCGCGUCUAUUUUCAUAGAUAAGGUGCACCGGAUUAUAAAGCACAUUAAGCCAAACAAAACAGUCAAUAAUUCCACUACGGCUACAGUAGCUGCAGUGUUCAGACCAAAAGGAUUUUAAGUGCGCCUUAUAGUGCAAAAAAUACGAUAUUAGCAUUAGCAAGUUCCAAGUUGUCAUAUGCGAAUACACAGCUGAUUAAUGAGCCGCCCCCCCUUCAAAUCACACACCACCACAGAUAGACUCCCCACCAAUGGGAAACACUGAACUGAAAUCGUGACCCUGCAGGAUUCACAGUCUUUGUAAAUUCUGUCUGAGACAAGGCUGUGACUAAAAACUCUAAACACUUGUCUUUAAAUGUGAGCAGAUGUGAGCUGAUAAUUUUCUAGGAGUCUUUUCCAAAACCUCUCAAAGUCCUAUAGUGGAUAGCUGGCCUUAUUCACCUGAACUAUGAGGGACCUUUUUACACUAUUUGUUCGAAUAGAAGAAUUAUUGUGAGAUACGACAGGAGAAAGUAACCGGCUAAUAUUUGCAUCCCACGGCGACUAUGAAAGCUGUGUUUGUUUAUGAUUUAAAUUGAGUAUUUGAUAGUGAAAUUCAAAGGUACUCCAAUACUGACUAUGAAGCUAAGCAUCUUGCAGUGUUGUCUAUGUUACACACUCAGUAGCUAGCACAGGCUCAUCCAGCUCAAACUGUCUCAUACAGAUCACUGUCAGAAGUAUUUUGAAAGACUGACAGGCGUCACAGCACCUCAGCUAAUCUAAACUGCUCAGCUCUAAAGCUCAAACCACAGGGGCACUCAUACCAAAACAAAAACCCUUAACAUGUCACUCAGUUCAUCACUAAGAGGAUGUCAAAAGGUGUCAGUUAGAGAGUUACGUGCAAAAUGUCCUCCUGCAGGAAGUCAUGUCUUUAAUAUUUUCAUUAGAAGCACGAAACUGCAGACUGCCUCGACAGAAUGAGGAACUGAGUAUUCGGCAGAGGCAGUGUUAGCCACAAACAGAGAGAGAAAGAGAGAGAGAGAGAGAGGGAGGGAGGUGGAUGGAAAUUCAGAUAAGAGGCCUGUGCAGGGUCUGCAGGCCCCCUCUAGACCUGCAGCAGAUGUUGGUGACAUGGUUUGUUCUUCUUGCUAGGGUGCAGGCGGACAUACGCAGUCACGUAGUCAUGUGUGCAGGAUGAAGAGUUUGUUGCAUGCCGGCUAAAGGUCGCAAACGUCUGUUUUCCGCUGCAUUUUCUGCCUGUGAAUCAAAGGAACUGAAGUCUCUCACAAAACUAGUUUUAGAGAGGAUAAGAGGUGUUGUAAAAAACUGCAUGUUUGUGAAGAUAUUCUAUAAAAGAGCCAUUAAGACUUUUGAUUUGUAUAAUGUCAGAGUCUAAUGGCGAAGUUAUGUCCAGAGUGCAAAAACCUCUUGGCAAAGUUAGCUCUGCAGGAUAUCUUGAUUCACCUUAAAAGCAUAAAACAGCAAAUCUGACCACGAGUGAAAUACAUCUUUGUAGUAAUAAGGUUACAAAAGUGUUGGCAUAUUCAUUAAGGAGAGGAGAGUCCUUGGUGUGGGGCAGUGUGGUGGAUCAAUAGUAAGCUAAAGCUAUCCAUCUGGAGGGCACAGGAAGGAUUUGAGCUCCGGCUGGAGGGGAACUGAGCUCUAGCAAUACGAGAGCUGGAACUCGCUCAAACUGGCAAGGUAUACUCUCUGAGGGCAACAUUAGCCAGCUCCCUCCACAAACCCAGUGACCUUGGCGGUCUGCAGUGCCUCACCGAUUUGUUAUUUAGUCACUUAUUCCAGAUAAGGAUGAGGAGACACAGAUAGGAAAAUGAAAAAAGAGCAAGAGGGGAGGGAGGGACGAGGGACGAGGGGCUCGGCUACGCCUGGAACCAACUUGAAGAGGCUGCGAAGAGAGCAGACUAUUGUUUGGACAGGUCUUUGGGGUACUUCACUGACAAGCCGGUGUUAGCUGUGCAGAAAACACGCCAUCAGAAGGUGUCCGCAGCCUCUCAGGGCUGGAGUGUUAUGAUAGUGUUUGGGCUUGGACUCAGCAGAUAGUAAUGUUUACUCAGGCCGUGCCAUUGUGCUAAUUUAGGGAGCAGCUGCUUGAGUGAUGUGUGUAAACUCUGCUGGUGUCAUAUCACUAGGCCUGCGCACUUUGAGGCACGCUUGUUUACAUUGAAAUUAAACAUCGUGAUAGGAGUACCUGAGGUGUUGGUUGGAGCUGCUGUGUGUAAUGAAGCUGAUUUUGGCUUCCUUAUCUUUUUUCAAGCUGCAGCUGUGAGUAAAAAUCUCUUCAUGAAUCAUGGUUCCUGACUGUAGUCCUAGUGUUUCAGUUGGGUGGUGUCCAUGCUCCCUGGCUAACCCCUGGCUGCUCUGCUGAACACAGGAAAACAAUGUUGUUUAAGAAUGAAUAACAUGCCCUUGUUGUUUUGGACCUCCAGAUCUUAAAUCAUGGCCAAGUCCAGGGGAAAUCCCAACAGGAGCGUUUAUUGUGUUUAAGUUAUUUUUAUUAGACUGCGGUUUCAGCGCCUGUUACAGCAAAUAUUUUCUGUGCUAUUUCUGAAGAUCUCUUCACUGCUGCUGCUGCUUCUUGCAGCUCAGGUUUUGAACUUUCCGCAGCAUAAUGUAGGCUCUUUCAUUCCUGUGGAAUAUACUGUAUAGGUUAAGGCUCUCUGACAAACGGAUAACAGUAUGUCAGAUUUUUUUCAGUUCAAAACAUUCUUUGAGUGUCGGAGCAACAACAAUAUUGCAAAAGUAAUAGUCCUGCCUGUAAAAAUAUCAUACUCUAUGGCUACGUUCAUACUUCAGGUUAUGAUGCACAAUUCAGAUUUUUUGUUAAAUCCGAUCUUUUUGUGCGGUCGUUCACAUUACAAUGACGAAUGCAGCCUCUAAUGUGAACGGAAUGCGUCCGUGAAGUGACCCGCAUGCGCACAAAGCACAAAUUGCUUUCCGCGCCUGUUUGUGUUGUCGAACAAUGGUGACGUUUGUCGCAUGUUGAUGACGUAUAGGUCGGAUUAUAUCAGCCUGCAUCUAAAAUCUCCAAUAUCAGCACACCAAUGCAAGCAGUCCAUUCCAGAUUCCGCUCUGGCACCUCUAUCUAGCAGCGCCCUGAUCCAGCGUGCAGAGCCCACAUGAUCACAACAACAGUGUGUACUAAGGUACUAACAGAGUAGCAAGGAGUAGGAGUGAUAACGGCUAUUUUUUGUUUCGGUACAAAAAAAGAUGCUGCAGCUCAGUGCAAAACUAGUCAUGCACAGUUUUGUGCCAAUAUUAGAUCAAUAUCAGUAUCGGCCAAUACUGAGGGCUACAGUAUCGGUAUCGUAUCGGAAGUAAAAAAGUUGUAUCAGGACACCUGUACUGCAAAAUACUACAUGCAAACUUUUAUUGCAUGCAUAUAAUAAAUGCGUAUUCACUUACUGGCCAAUAAUUGCAUUUGCUAAAAUUUUCCUGUCAUCCCAGGGCAUGGACUUGCAGGCACUUAAGAAAAAAGCAUAAUGCAUGGACACCUGCUAUAUGCAAAACCAAAAAUACCAAAACUCUCAAGCACGUUCUGAAACUGUUUAAUAGUGUGCUAAGAAUUGUAGCAUCUCUUAUGGAUCUAUCAAGUUACAUGUUAAUUGAAAAUACUCAAAUUCAAAGUAUUAUAUGAAGAUAGAUAUGAUCAAGGGUGGGCGCUUAGUAAGAAAGGCGACAACUCUCAUGAUCUCACCUCAUUUCAAAAUGUUAUAGAUGAACACUCCUUGUCUUGUCUUGUUUUUAAAUACUUCCAUUGUUAAAAUAUACAAGUAGGUCAAGGUUGUGCAAAAAAGAGAACUUGAGUAAGUUAGACCCAAAAAUGUCAAAUACAGCAGUAUGUCCCUGCUUUUAAAGUUCUGUGUCAGCGGCGUGGGAGGGGCAAUAGUAAUAGCAACCAGCUGCAGAUCUCAUAGAAGGGAAUAUAAGGUCAGAGGUGUGACAUCUGCCAAAGUAAACCUGGCCUCUCGCCACACUCAUCAUAACCCAGGCAGACGCUCCAAACUCUCUGGGUUGCAUCAAUUCCUCAUACGGCACCUGAGCGCUCAAGCUGCUGCGAUCCUGGAUGAGUUUCAGCUCAAGCACGCAAAAAGGAGUUUCCCCUUGAGCCAAUGCCUCUCAGCUGUUUUAUUAAUUUGAUCAAACACUCCGUAAAUAGGAUGAUGUGAGGAGGGAGCCCUGUCUGGGUUAAUGAUUAUGUCAUGUGGUUUAAUGAUGAAUGCGAGUUAGUUUCAUUUCAGCACAGAUGUGUGGACAACCAAUGUGGUCAAUUUCCACUCUCCUAUGAAUGAUUCAGACCGUCCUUUGUGUUGCUGUCUUCUCUCUAGAUGUGGAGCACAAGGAGGAGGACGGGGGUGAUGCAGUCAAGACUGAGGUAAGAUUUCCCCCUCUACUGAGUCUUUGUUCUCUGGAUGACGUAACUCUUUAGGUGUCUUUCAAACUUGCUGGGGCUUUAGCUUCCUUUUUUGGAGAAAAUUACCUUUCCUGUCACAAACCCUGAUUGCUCUUCUUACCAGUAAGAUAGAAGGUCAGGCUGCAGCUUAAACAGAAGCACAAGAGCUCAACUUGAAUUAGAAAGAACAUAGUUGGUGCAAAAUAGCAAGUAUUACAGAAUUAAAUGACUGUUUUUAACUAGUCUGUUACAUGACAAAGCUAGAAAAGAUAAGGGAUUUUUUUCUUAGGCAAUGUAGUAUCACUAAAAAUAUAACUCCUGAAAAUAGUGAUGUGGAUGAACCAGCAGCAAAGAAUGGCGAGAGACAAAAUGCCAUGAGAAUGGCACAAUGCACUGUGUCAUUGAGAAGCAGGUGGGAUGGAGGUAACUCUGUGAAUGCCACACGAUCCACGCAUUUGCACAUUGAGUGCUUGGUGAAACUAAAAGAGAGUGCCAGACACAGGAAAUGCAGGGCGAGGGGGCUUCAAAUCCAGGCUGGAUAACUCACGAUUUCAUUCGUCAGGAUACUUCCAGCCGUUCCACUCAAUUGGCAGAGCUGAAUGUGAAAUUUAACACCACCGUCGCCAGAGAAGAGCUUGCUUUCACUAAAUAUAAACCCAUAUUGCAGCUUGUGAAAAAGGAUGGCACUGAGCUUGACUUAACAUAACGUGGAAAAAAUGAGAAAAGUGAUUUGCCAUCAUCUUUGAUGUGGUAGUGUAUAUGAGAACAGUGUAGUUUAAGUAAUAUCAGCUCUACACCUAUUUUAUCAUUGAUGGAGACUACAACCACCAGUGAAAGAAAUGUUCAUAUGUGUCAUAGUGCUCUUCAAUUUUCAGUGAGGUGCUCCUAGAUUUUUUUACUGGUGCUCCAAGCUUUUUAGAAAAUGAGAGCACAAGCCCUGCAAGAGUGAAAUAAACCUUUUUAUCUUGCUCUCGGCAAGAAAGAUGAAGAAAAAACCUUUUGGCCUCCUGUCCUGACUGAGAGUUUUGCAGAGUUCCCUCUCUUUUAAGUCUAUGAAACCCCAGUAGCUCUUCAGCCUUUGAAAGAAAUGGUACCUAAUGGUGUAUAGAUUUGAAAUAUCAAAUACACUUGGGAGCCCCUUGAUUCAGUUGGGUUCAUAACCUUGAGACUGUUGCCAAGGAGUUGGGCUUAGACACUGAGGCAUCACUCACUGCUGCCUGACCAAUCACAGGUCGAUCGCACCAUACAGCACACCAACAUGUGAGUCAUCAUCUUUUAGGAAAUUAGACCUCCCCAUCGCUUUAACCACCAAUUACUCGCUUGUUAAUGAGAGUCUGACUCACGGGCUCUUUUGCCAGAUUGGAUGCAUAGAUUUACUGAAUGCAUCCAUUGAAGAGACUCUCCUAAAGAAUGACGGGUAGCUAACUUUUUUUUAACGUCUUAAACAGGGAGGUCGAGGCAGGCUGCGUGGGGGAGUUGGUUGGGAGAUCAGCCUUCGUCAGAGGCCCAUGCCCAGAAUAACCUUCCAGGCUGGUGACCCUUAUUACAUUAACAAGAGGACCAGAGAAGAGUGGCUGGCCAAGUGGAAGAUGGAGGUGAGUACCCCUCGAUCUGUCCCAGUAGAUUACAGGGUGAGCGACAGGCGUGGACCAAAAGCCGCCAGGGUCAAAGAUAGGGUUUGUGGUGUGUUCAUAGCCAAGUGUAUUUGAUGCAUCAUUCGAUAUCUCAUGGAGGUACCAUUUAUUUCAGUAGAUUUCCGGGGCCAUUGGCUCAAUCAGCUUCUGCAUGUCUUGACUUUGUUCCUUUGUUACUGUAUGAGCAGAGCAGAAACCACAAGCAGCUGCGAUCAUCCCAUCUGUUUGAUGCCUUGACAUGAAUCAUGCUUCCUGGAUGAAAAACUCUGCCGUAAAAGACUUGAGGGUUUUCAAAUAGGAAAGCAGCAAAGCAUUUUUCCAGAGACAUUGUCCUUUUUAAUCAGGGUUAUCCACAGACUUGGUCGGUGUUCUGACUGAGAGCAGUUGUAGCAGCUGUGUUGGUGGUCCCUGUGUUGCUUCAGGUAAUAGAAAGAUGAUGAAAUACAGGAAUCCUGAUGGGAUCCUUGGAUUUGAGGACUUAUCAGAUGCCAAAACGCCACGCAGGAUUAAAAAUUUGAUGAGUAAGGAUUUUGCCCCUCGGAAAUGUUCCCAGACUGAUUUUUUGGGUGGGGUUAUUUUCUAUGACAACCGUUAAGGCAAAAUAAGCAGAUUAAGUUAUUAAUGUAUUCUGUAAGUUACCUUUACCAGUAUUGAGGUCAAAGUUGAGUCAAGUACAGCUUUUGUUCUGUUUUAAAUGGCAAAAGAAUAAACGUUACUUGGGACAUUGAUUAACUCCACUAUCUUGCACAAGCUCAAUUUAGUUACUGUUCGUAAAUUUCACAAAAGGACCUUUUGGCGGGAUUGUAGUCAAGAAUUGUUUCCAAGAUGAAGAGCAAACACACCAAAGAGUUUGAACUCUUCAAAUUAUGUAAAAAACAGGCUAGCUCUGUCUGCUCUUAAAAAAAUCAUGUGUUUGAUUGAAAUUGAAGCUGAUUCUGAUCUGAUUGUAAGUAGCAUGACAGAUUUUUAAAUUGGCAGAGUUUGCUUGUUUGCUGUGCGGUGUACUUAGGGACAUGUCAGCCUCUCAUGGUCUGAUCAGUUUGUCCUGGAUUGUUAGAUGAGUUUCUGGCACGUUAGAAAUUUUGGUUGGCCGACUUCAUCCUCUCACUGAGUGAAAGCCAAACUACAAGUGAUUUCCCGGCUUGAGGGCUUUUUUUCCUGAUUGCACCUGUUCAAAAUAGCAGAUAGCAUCUGAAAGCACCAUGGCAACAUGGUUCUCCGUGUGUACAACAGGAAUCCACGUAGCAACACGACAAUUGGCGAUGACAUUAUGACCACCUGUGCAGCUUAAUGCAGUUCAAUACAGCUGCUCAAACAGAAAAAUAAGCCUUUGAUAAGCUUUUAUCACUUUGAAGGUGAUAAUUCAUUUUAAUUUGAGUUGUUAAAGUUGUAUUUCUGACUUCAACUUCCACGUAUUGGGUUUUUUCAAGGGAACAAAGCCUUGUCCUGAUUUCACACCUACAGUGCGAGCACUCGGGUUGUGCUUGACAGGCGAAAAAUACAGCCUGGGCACACAUCUUGUGUGUUUGGUUGUGUAUCGUAAAUGGUUCAGUCAUUUACGAUACACACUUCUCACCAUGACAUUUAUAAAAUUGUAUUGGGUGUUUAUGGAAUGCCCAGUUGAAAGCAGCAAGAUGUUAAUCCUUAUAAAUGUGAAGUUCUCCACAGUGCCCAUAACUAACCCAUGUUAAAUAUGACUCAGGGUAGUAAUAUGCUGUAGUCCAACCACAUCUGUUACAUAAUGAGGAUUCUCCAUAGUAUAAACAUGGGGUCUCCCAUUUCUUCUGCCUCCCUGCCCCCCUCUGCUCUCCUCUGGAGAAUCCUCAGAGAGAAGCUAUAAAAAUGUCUCCAGGGAGGAAAUAUUACCAAAUUAGCAGGACAUGCCAGGGUCCCACAAGUGAAAUCUCGUAAAAUAGGAGGCAAGUAGGCAGCUCACGUUUUCAAAACAGAGGUGGAUCUUCUUGAACAAGUCGCUCUACAAGGCUGAGAUUAAAGAGGAUUUGCAAAAUGCAAAUUUUGAGUGUGCCUGUUUUCCCCUCUUUUGUCAUCUGGCAUAUUGCAAGCUUUGAUCUAAUUUGCACAAAGAGUGAUUUGUUCUGGCACCAAAGCUUCUUCCUGAGGAGUAAUAUGAUGCACAGCCUUUAGUUAUGGUCCUGCUCUUGACACGGAGCCUCUUGCUGUUGCAUGUUUCUGCAGCAGGGAGGACGUGGUAGCGGAAAGGGUUACUGCCGUCUUGCACUUUCUGCGGGAUCUCUCUUUUUUUCACGUGCCUUGUGUUACAGUGGACUUCUCCGUCUCUCCCUUUCUGUUUCCCUCCCCCAUUCUUUCUUCUGACCCCUCCCCCCCAGCUAUGGAAAUGAACUCUGUGCUAUGGAUAUGAGGGUGAAGAUGAGGUUUGCAGCAAAUUUCCAGUCCUGCUUGCAAGACAGCCUCUUGGCUUGCUGCCAACAUUUUGCAAGUCCUCUCUAGCCAACCAGAAUUCCUGUCGGCAAUCACCUGACCCUGAAUUCCCAGACAAAGAAAUGUUCAUGCUUUCUUUUUUUAAGCGAUCUCCUCUACCCUGAGAGUGGGGGUGAAAAAAAAACUCCAGCCCCACACUGGAUUAUGAGGGUUGCGCGCUGGUGUGUAUGGGUAUGUGCACUGCAUUGUUUGUUUGAUAACACAGGGGGAUAGUGUGCAUGUUUGAUUAGCCUGCUUACAGCGAGGGGAAUAUGCUGACUUCAGGUAUUUCCACGAGAGUUGUCGUAAACCAUCUGCUCUGCACGGCUUAAAGGGAAACCGUCUCUUUAAAAAAAAAAAAAAAAGAAAGGAAGAGUGAGCAGGCUUUAGCCGUGUUUGGGGAAAAAAAGUUGCAUGCAUGAAAAAAGUUUCUCUCGUGGGGUGAUUAUGCGCUGAAACUAUUCCUGCUUCACAGCAGCGCCUAGAAAUGUCAGAGUAGCGCUUUGUUUUUUGGGUCAGAUAUAUUUACCUUGAAAAUGUCGCUGUGUUUUGAGAGCACUGUGACUUCACCUUACAUAACACCCAACUGGGAAAAGGGUGAAGUUGUUGUGUAGGCCUCAAAUCCCUUUCCUUCCUUAUCCUUGUGCACUUUGAUCUGCUUUACUCUGACAUAGAUUUACUAUAAGAAGAGUAAUUUGAUUACUAAAAAACACUUUAAAGGGCUGGGGGGUCAGGCGAGUAGCCUCUUCAGAGAGCUUUUUUAACAACUCCACUUGUGGAUUCCUGAAAGAAUUCUGUUUAUGUAUUCAUGGCUGACUCUGUAAUAUUCCUAAUUAUUUCCUAAAAGGGAGCAAUACAAUGAGAACCAGAUGGCCUAUUUUGUUGUGACCCCUAAGGCCACUCAUGAAAUACACAGCCUUUGUAGGAAUCUGUGCUAAAACCCGGCUAAUGAAUGUAGUAGCCACACUGCUGCACAACAUUACCUGCCACUUGUGCCGUUCCAGACAGCAUUAGCACUACAAGAGCAGGUUUAGGAUCCAGCUGGAGUUAACCACACCUGUUGUAGCUUAAAGGGUUCUUAUUAUACGUUAGCAUGGAGACGUAUCUCACUGCAUUAACCGUCAAAGCAUUGCACACAAAACAGUCCCUGCUGCGGCUCUCAUGCCUGUUGCGCAUGAGAGACGACUGCAUUCAAAGGUCAAACUCUUUUGUGUGGCUACAAAGGCGGGUUGUCACAUCGUGUAAGAAAACAGUGUUCAGUGACAGUUAAUUUCAUCUAACUUUUACCCCUGAUCACAGUCCUGCUAAUUGUUUUUAUUUGGCAGCGUUUGGAAUGAGCAUUGAUCAUCUUGUGUUGUAGCAUUGAGAAGAUUUUAUCAUUUACAAUAAUGGUGAAACUUUUCAUCCCUAAAUAAUGUUAAAUGUUUUGUGAAAGUAUUGUAUUUUCUGAGCUUACCCUUGUUAGUUGUAUAAUUAAUGUUGUUAAAGCUCCUGUGAAAAACUUUCUGUGUUGACUUUUACGCCCCCUGUGGACAAAUUGGUGACUCUUAUAUUGUUGCUGAUUUUGAUUGGUCAAUUAACUGACAGAACAUGAAUAUCUGCUUUGAGAAGAGUCACUAAGGCUGUUUUUAUUAUACUAAUGAAAAUAGACAUACUCAAGAAAAACAGGCAAUAUAUCCUUUCAAACCGGCUGAUUCAAGUAAAUAUCAUUCAAAAACACUGAAACCACAAAAGCCAGUAAUCAGAUCCAACAGUGCAAGUGUGAAGAAACCAUUUCUAAGUGGCCUCAAGGAUUAACUUUAUAAAAAUGUGCACAAAGAACAACAAAAACUAGAAGGAGAGUACUUUAAAUCGACACUUUCCCUCAGUUUAAACAAGACAUGAAUGCAAUGCAGUUAGUUGCCAAACGGUCACCUCUGGUUGACCCAUUAUGGAUCAAUACAAUUGACAAGACGCUUUAGUAAGAGGCUAACAGCGUGAGCAUUGAACAAUGAAAGACUGUUGGUUUACUUUUACAGGUUUUUAUAGUCAAAUUUAGUCUUUUUAAGUCCUUUCCUUGCCUGUCAAGGUUUUGUUUACUACCCAGCUUUCUAACAAUGAAUUAUUCCUGUGUAACUUCCAGCUUAAAGCCCAGUAUGUGAACUCUGGAACGUGAACAGAAAACAGAAGGCCGGUUUUAGUCUGAUUGUGUCAAAUACAUAACCACAUUAUCUCCUUUUGUUAGUGGGAGUAUGAUAAGUUUAACAUAGUCCAAUUUUAGUCCAAUUUAAGUGUUUAGUCUUUUAAAACUGCAAUUUUAGGCUAAGGUAUUAAAUCGAUUUCUUUGACAUGUAAACAUACUGGCUGUUUGGGUUCUUGAUGAGCAUGUGCAGUAGUCUGUUCUACUCGGCAUGAUCAACUAAAUAUGUGUGGACUCUAAAGGCAUGUUUUGAUUUGUUUUUGCUAAAUGAGUCUCACUCUCAGUACUGUCAUUUCCCUCUUCGUAAAAACACUUUAGAUGUUAUCUUGGAUUAUAAAUAUCGCUCCCUCUUAGUAGCUUUCGGUUUGUUAAACAGUUGUUGUUUUUGGGCAAUUAUUUGUGAGUCCUCAGGGCCAAUGCACAACAGUGGUUCAUCUCGACAACAGCACUUGUGGCUCUUUGAAAGAGAAUUUUUUCCUCGUAAAGUUAACAACCUUAUAAUAGGCUGUUGUUGUCUUGUAAAUAAAUGGAGCUUACGCAGUAAACGUGACCUUUUUGUUAACAACUGCAGCCCAGAUUAGAUUCUAAAGUAUCGUCUGCACACCCCAGAGACCAAUAUCUCUUCUCUUUUUUCUGCCUCGCGGUGCACUCCGUCACCCCUUGAGCCCUCGGGGUAUCAUGCUGCACAGAACUCUAAGUCAGAUUAUCCCUGAAUGCGCACACAGUGUGUCUCUGCACUCUUCCCUCAGCCUAUAGAGCCCCUGUUUUCACUCUUCCCCUGAAAAAAUCUGGAUUACUGUUUGUACAGUAUAACUCAUGCAUGUUGUUUUGCUCUAUUUUUAUUAUGACUCUGUUCUCUAAAGGUAAACAAAGUCGAUGUUUUCACUGGGGGGUUGUAAAAACACAUUUUCUCGGCUUUGUUUACACAUCUACAGUGUGUCUGCUGUCAUUUUUGGUAUUUGUCUUCGGUGCGGCGUGACAGCGGAUGUAAGUGGUGGUAUUUCUGAGCCGUCAGUGACGGGCAGGCGUGCGUAAAUGAUAAAGACUGCAUUGUGUCUCAGCUACCUCCUUUUGCUAUUUCCCCCUUUAGCUCAGAGGGCCUGUCUUGCUGGUGGAGCUGCACACACACUGUGAGGCCCCCAAAAGGGGGGGGGGGCAUUUACAACUGGGAAGAAGUCCAGAGACAAAUAUCUGGUUCUUAUAGCCACUGUACUUUCUCACCUCCCCCCACUGGCAUUUUCAGCGUCACUUUCUCAUUGGCUCAGAGGAGAAGGCACCCUGCAACUGACUGACCCAAACACAACAAAACGAGCAGAGCAACUGCAGCCCAGCCAUUUAAUUGCCAUUUACAGCGUUUCCAGUAUACCUGUGAUUACUGGUCACCAGAGAAGAAGCAGCUCGCUCUGGAGUGAAAACACAAAACCUUGCUUUGCAGCUCGUCUCAGUCAGCCCAUUUCUGCCAGUAUGUAUCAGCAAGUGCGGUCAUUACUUUCCCAUAUGAUUACAGAUAGUUUCCCCUUUACAUAUAAGACAUUUAGCAGUCUAAUUGGCAUUUGUUAGUUUUUGCAGUUUACCAUCUGGAACCACACAUCUAAGCAGGCUGUCGAACACUGACUCCAAUGUGCCUGUGCUGGAGCCAAGAGGCCUAACACAUAUGGCCAAGGGCUUUGAACCAUCCAUCCAACACUACAGUGCAGAUAUUUAUAAACCGCAGCAGAGCCUCUUGAUUGAAGAGCACAUGUUUCUACUCUUCAGAGCAGAGACCCCUCCUCAGGCCGUCUAGGCACCACCUCCUCUUAAAGGCGCUAUUGUUUACGAGUCACACUGGGAGAGAGAACCAAAAGUUGUACUAUACUUUCUCUCUCUCUCUCUUUUUCUCUCUCGCCCCUUUUUUUUCCCCCUCCUCUUCCCACACACCCGGUCCACCUCUGGACAUUUACAGAGUGUGUGAGAGACCUGAGAACUUGAGAAAGACUCGAGGAAAGUAAGCACAGCUGUGCAGCAGUGCUCUCACAUGGAGCCUAUAGUGUGACUCACACAUGUUUACAUAUGGGACUGCAGAUAUGUUUUCUGAGUGUGUGCGUGUUUUUGGGGGGGAGGAGAGUCAACAUGUGUGUGCAUGAGAGUCCUAACGUUGGUGCGUUUGAGAGAGACAUCAGAAUAAGUGCAGCUGUCGGGGAUUUACUGAGGGAGGCUUUACUCUCGGCUGCGUCUCGUCCUCUCUGAUCGACCUAGCGGUUCAGUGUCAGGUACCAUAAACCCAGUGAACUCUCCGCAGCGGCUCCGGACACCAGAGAGUUACUGUAUACCUUGCUGUCGAUGAUGAAUGGGCCUUACAGUCAGAGAUAAAGCUAUAUUUACAGGGGCAGUCAAUCUCCCACAAUCAAGCAGCAUACCUUAUUUGGUAUUCAUUACACUUCAUAUUGAAUUCUGCAGAGCUUCAGGCAGAAUAUAUCACUGCAUAUACUGCAUGUUUACAGUUGAGUCAUAGAUAAGUGUGUGCCUUAUAGCAUGUUUAAAUAAGAGCUGCAUAAUCGAUUUCUUUAAACUGACAACACAUCAGAUGAUUGCUGGUGGUAUGGAUGGAUUAUCGCCUGUUUAGCUCCUAUUUUACCUAUUUCUUUAUAACCUCAUCCUUACUUUGAUUUACACCUGCUACUUUAAUGAGCCUCUUUUUUCAGUCUGAGUGAACAGCAGCAGCAAACUAAACAAAAUUUCAUCCUUUAUGUACAACCUUUAUGUACAGUCUUAUGAGUCAGCUGCAUUUCGGUUUCACAUGUGAAUGAAAAGAUAAGCGAAAGCAAAAUAGGUUAUUUGUGAAUACUGAGAUAUCACCUCCCUCUGGUUAGCUCCAACACGUAACUGUCUCGUUUGCACAAAUUAUACAACAUUUUUUCAUAUUUAAAACAGAUUUUUGUGACACUUUUCUCAUCUUUACUGUUCUUGUCAUGAAAAUAAUUCUCUUUCUCCAACUUCAGAUGUUUUUUAUCAUCCAGGUCUGUGUUGCUCUUCUGGGUUUGCACUGGUUGCAUGAUACAAACAUCAUCUACCCGACUCGGUUGCGGUGAAUUCUCCUGAAAAUCACCCCACUAGAAUUGACUUGUUAGGAGUAUUGUGCAAGUGUGAGCACAGCUUUAAGGUCUUUUUCAGGUCACCUGUCGAUCAUAGGUUGCUAGACCUUACAGCAUUGCCUAUUUGAUUGUUUAUUCUACCAUCACGUUUAGAGAUGCACCGUUCCAUUUUUUCGGAUCCAAUCCGAUACCGACCUGGGCUGAGUGUAUCGGCUGAUAUCUGAUACCGAUCCAAUACUACUGUUGAAUAAAUGAACUGUAUACCUUGCCCUGUGAGUGAAGGCAUCAGGCUUGACAUUAGCCUUGUUAAAAAAAAGGUAACGAAUUAACACAGAUAUAAAUGAACUUAAUAUUACUUAUUAACAAAUACCAAAUUGCGCAUUAGCACACAGCAGAAAGAGGUAAGACUUCCAUGUAAACGUUUAGUGCAAAAGGAUAGACAGACAUAGAAUAUAGAGCGAACAGAAUCGCUGUGCUGCUGUGUAUGAUAUUAAUUAAAAGAAAAAAAAGACUGGAUCGGCGUCAUUCAUCAGAUGUCUGACCCAGUUAAUUUGUCAAAAUCAGAGCCAAUAUCCGAUCAGAAUAUGUGAUCAGUACAUCCUUAAUCACAUUGUCUUAGAGGAUGAUAAGAUUGGCACCGAAGUCAACAUUGAGAUUCAGCUGGUGUCGAGAGAGACUACUCCACUGUCUGAAUAUGGAAGAUGUUUAAAUAGGCAACAUGUUGACGAGCAUGUUAGUCAUUAUGGUUUACAAGGUGAUAACAUGAAUAUGUCGUUUGCAGCUUCUCUAACUGCCUCCAAGUGUAUUAUUAGACGUUUUGCAGUUGCUGUUGACAGUCAACGUCAUCAGAUGAGACAGCGUUGUCACUUUAAUCCUGUGUGUGUGUGUCCUCCUGUGCAGAUACGUUUCAGACUAUCUUUGAAGAAAGUGGUCUUAUUUUAGCUUUUACAGAUUCUUUAUUUAACACUAAGAGCUUGUGGGGCUUUUCAACCUUGGAUUAUUCUGUACUCUCUGGUUUGCAGUUUAGUAUGUAGUCCGUUUUUAAGGUGGUCCUUAAAUAGGUCCUUUGAAAACCGCUCUCUGUCAGGCUUAAUCAAUAUCGAAGCUAUUUCUAAUAUUUCUCGCUGGCUGACAAAGCUGGAGUUGUAUACCUAAAGUUUUGACGCUUUUCCUAAUCUAAAACUUGUUAUUUGUGAAGUAUGUUUAGGAAGCACCCCAUGAACAAAGGUUUAAGUCCUCCUCAAACAGUCUGUGGCCUAAAUUCCCAGUCUCCCAGUCAUUCACCAAUCUCUCCUCACAUUUGCUGCCUCACUCAAGCUGUCCUUUUAAAUGAAGGCAACAAGGCCAAAAAAAGUUUGAAAAAAAGCGACAUCAACACUUGACAAACCAUCUGCAAAGCUGCGUCCUCCUCACUGCUGUCACUGGCUGUGUUUCAGGCAGAGAAAAAGGCCAAACUGAUGUCAGCGAUGAACGCGAUGAAGGAUCACGAGGAGGAGAACGAUAUGGAAACUGAGAGGGAGGAAGUCUCAAUAAUCAAGCACCCAUCGCCUUCGAGGCAGCAGCAGCCGCCGCAGCCUCAGCUUAAGAUGCACACUAAAUCACAACCUCAGUCACAGCCUCAGUAUCAACAGCAAUCACCGCCGUCGCUGCCACUGCAAAAACAACAACAACAACAACCACCACCACAGCAAAAACAACUACAGCAUCAGCAGCCACCUCAGCAGCAGCAGCAACAGCAGCAGCAGCAGCAGCCUACCGACCCCGCCUCCCCCACGGUGGCCACGAUCCCUGAGCCUGUCGUCAUCGGAGGAGGAGACAAGACUUCUCCGAGGUCUGCAGACACCGAGUCUGAGUAUGAGGUAAGAUGAUGAAGAACUCAGUAUACCUUUAAUGAUGCCAGGCUUUCAGACGAACAGGAUGUUGCAGCAGAGAUCACUAUUGGAAAAAGGAUUUAUUUUAAAGCCAGAGUAAGUCUGUACUGUACUGAGCGUAGUAGCCAUUCAUACGUGGAGUAAAAUAUAUUCUCCAGGUGUUUUACAGCUUUCUGCCUCAUGGAGAUCGAAAGAUUAUAAAAACACUCCACAUUCACGGUACAAAUAUCUUCGUUUUCAGCGUAAUGGUCAUGAAGAAUUUGCCAAUAAAUGAUGUAUACACUUCUUUAUAUAUGAGAAUUAUUUAAUGAUAUGUAUGAAACACUAGCCAGCAACUGUUUUGGAUUUGAAAUGCAGUUAUUUAGGAAGGGGAAUUUGUUCAACCAUUUAAGGGGACGUUAACGUUGCUCAACAGCAGCCGCAGUGAUGAGGCUGCCUGCAGUGUCCGCAGCUAUAAUCUGUUUAUUUUAUCCUAUUUAAGUUUUUUUUUCCAAAGACAAACAAACUGAGACGGACAAGCGUUCGAGAAGGUUUUCACAAAUACCCCCAGACAUUCAGGCUGAGCGGAUAGUUUGCCUUCUAUUUUGGCUGCAGGACGGUCGUGGUUUUGGCAUCGGCGAGCUGGUUUGGGGAAAGCUGCGAGGGUACUCAUGGUGGCCAGGCCGCAUCGUAUCCUGGUGGAUUACGGGACGGAGCAGAGCUGCUGAGGGAACCAGAUGGGUCAUGUGGUUUGGAGAGGAUAAAUUCUCAGUGGUGAGUGUUUAUGGCCAAAAUAAAUAUAGCUGUCAGGUGAUUUUCUUCACCAAAUAUUAAACCAAACAGCCUCCUGUUUAUACAAAACAGCCACACUAAAUGUGUUGUUGUUGUUGUACUUGUUCAUCCAGCGGAAACAUUUAGGCAAUAUCAUAUGUCUACACUUACUUAGGACCUUCAUUAGUAACUUUUCCAAAACUCAGACAGUUAUUUGAUUGUCUGUUUCAGAUCUGUGUUGAGAAACUUAUGCCUUUAAGUUCCUUCAGUAAUGCCUUUCACCAACCAACUUACAACAAGCAGCCUACAUACAAGAAAGCUAUCUAUGAGGUGCUACAGGUGAGUACAACAUGUCUAUUCAACCAGUGAUCUUUUGCUGUGUAUUUAACUUCAAAAAAAGACAGGGGCGUUUUUAACUCUGUGUUUUCUCCCCUCCUUUAUUUCAUUUUGCUUCAUGAUGGUUUCAGGAACACCAAUUUAGCACCCAGACGCUUCUGCUUUGAUGUCAUGUUGUUGCAAUAUGUGCAGAAUGUGGUUUUGCAUUGUCUCAGUGAAAUAAACAAGGCAUUGUCUGGAUGUCAGUAGUUUUUAAAAUUCAAUUUUAGAUGCAGAAACAAACUUGUGUUUAUGGAGAAUAGUUUUUGGAGGUUGUUUUAAGCCCAUGCUGAGAUUUCCGUGACAGAGUCUAGUCUGUUUUUCAGUGAAGUGCCGCCUGAGUCCCGAUAGCCAUCCUGUAGUGGUUGUAAUAAACUCCCUAAAUUCUCUACAAUUUUUAGCUAAGGACUAUUUUCUGAAAAUGUUAAACGCUUUGCUCACAGUCUCUUGCAGAGUGGUAAACCUCGUCUUAUCUCAUCAGGGUUAAGUUAGUUUCAAGAGGAAAAAAUAGUCAUCUGUUAUAUAUCAACAUGCUUAUCUAUGCAAUCGUCUUCCUGAACAUCUACAGCUAAAACUUCUUUCUGUGCACUGUCCUUGACACCACAGGAUGGUGUGGACAUGUUUCUGUUACAAGUAAAAAGAAAGACUUUUAAUGAAGGAAGAAAGAGAAUAAUGAAAAUAGAUUUUUCAGCACUUGGUAGCAAACUUCAAAUCCAUCAUGCUGAACUAACAGACAACUGCUCUGACUAUACUGAGGAGAAACCUGAGUCUGACGUACUUUAUAUGUUAACAGGCGGCAGGCAGCAGAGCAGGCAAAGCCUUCAUAGCCUGCCCCGACAGCAAUGAUACAGAAUCCUCCAAAUCAUUGGAAAUGCUGAAUAAGGAGAUGAUUGACUGGGCGAUGACAGGAUUUCUGCCCACCGGACCGAAGGCCUUGGAGCCACCAGAGGGUAAGAAGAAGUCAGCAAUAUCAAGCUUGAUUUGUUUAAUAUCUGUCUGAGUAAACUUCUGCCAGGAAGUGGGAGUCCUGACUUUUUAUGUCCUGGAGACUUCCCACAUGAAUUUCAACCUUUGAUUAUUGCACAUAAAUAUUUCAUGAUAUUGCCCCUGAUAUUGUUUUUCUACAUGCUGUGUGCCCCAGAGGAGCGUAACCCCUACAAACAGGUUUACCCUGAGAUGUGGGCGGAGCCUGAAGCAGCAGCCUAUGAGCCUCCUCCGGCCAAAAAGCCUCGCAAAAGCACAGCAGAGAAACCCAAGGUCAAGGACAUCAUUGAUGAGAGGACGAGAGGUAAGGUGCCUCAUUAAUUUGGUCAAAUAGGAGUCAUGAACUCUGGAGUCCUUCCCUUGGGGACGACUCGGCGGUGUUGUACAUCAGAGCAAAGUGGUCAAAGGGGAAGUGUGCGGACAAAAGGUCCAUUAGUGUCAGCUAGUGAGUGAUGUGACGAAGCAGAAUUGCCGGGGAUGAUGGCAGACACAAUGAAAAGAUGUUCAUGAUGAUCUUACUAACACUAGGGUAUCUUAGAUUAACAUGUUUAAGAAUAAUAGAUGUAUAGAUAUCACCUCUCACAUGAACCUUUCGCCUAGUUCUUUGCAUCUGAAUAUCUGUUUGACCCUGAACUGAACAAGGUCAUGAGUCAAGGUAAAUUAAGCCAAACCAUUCGUGGACUUCUUAGCAUUACUGCAACAAGGAAAGAGAUGGAUGUGAUAGAUUUUGGGUCAAACUGGGCCAAAAAUUGACUCAGAUGUUAAGGGUUCCAGCACAUUUUUGUCUAUCAAUUUCAUGGUUUUUCCACAUCUUUAAGAGAAAAUUUAAUCCUCUGAAAGGUCUGCAUAAACCUAAAAAUAAGAACACUAAUCCAUGCUAAAAUGUGCACCCUUAUAGCAUGUUUUGAUAGAAAAAAUAAUAGUUUAAGUAAUAGUGACAGCCAGGUAGGAUGUUUGCAGAUUCUAUCACACAUGUAUUUGUGAAACUAACUACAGUGACUUCUCCAAAACUUCUGCAUGCCUGGAGGUUGCUAAUUUAAAACACUAUGAUUUUUCCUGGUUUUUCACAGCCUUCAUAUAAACCUUGCAUUUCUUCUUAAAACAAUAGCAGUUCCAAGAUUUUGGUGUGCCGCAAGGAUCAAUUUCGGGGAUUCAGCGGUUUCCAUUUUGCUAUUAUAGUCUAAUGUUUUCAAAUCUAAAUCUGAUGUUUUCUCUGCAGAGACUGUUAUUUUAUGUGAUUCUCCUUUUGAAAACCAAAAACCAAAAGUUAUUGGAGAAAAAGUCUAAUUUACAAAAUGGUUAAUUUGUGUGAAGCACAUGAGGACUGUUGAGGGUUUUGGGGGUUGUACAUUCUUAGCAAUGUCUUUCUCUGCAGAAGCUUAUAAUUUAAAAACUUUGAACAAAUCUAAUUAAUUAAAGAGUGUAAAUGUGCAUAUAGAUUUUUUUCAUGGGGAAUAAAUGAAUUACUGUGUCUGGUACAAACACAAAUGAUAGACUUUUAAGUGUAAAAGCUUCAGUUUGGGGUAUUUACAAAUACAGUUGUUGUGUGAUAACUACCUGUAGUGAUCCAUGUCAACGAAUUUCAAGUUGUGGUUUUGCUAACCUACAUUUCUCAUUGUGUCUUUUUUUUUUCAGAGCGACUUGUUCUUGAAGUGAGGCAAAAGUGUCGCAGCAUAGAGGGUAAGUGACGUGUCCUCUGAGUACUCUAGCUUGUAGCAGCACCGGGGGGCCUCUCAGGGGAGGAACACAGAGAGCCUCGUCCUUGGUUUUGACAAGCAAAGCAGCAGAAAUGCACGCGUCUUUGUUAGUAAAAUGAUACGAGUAGAAAUGGAGAAAUAACAUUCCUUGUCGGCUCUCCUCAAAAAUACCAGCUAAGCUCAUUAGAUUUGAACCUGCAACACAGCUGUUCAAAUAGUUUCAGCGGAGGGUGAAGUUCAGAGCAUUUCAGAGUGUUCACACCUCUCUGACCUCGGCCUGUUUAAAUCCUGACACACUGCACUUCUUACUGCAGACAUCUGUAUCUCCUGUGGAAGUCUGAAUGUCAGCCUGGAGCACCCGCUGUUUGCUGGAGGAAUGUGCCAGGGCUGCAAGGUACGCUGUGAUAGAGGUCAAUAAAAGUCUGGGACUCAGCGCCAACUACUGUCUCGUAAAAUCACUGCUCCUUUCAAAGCUGUUAAUAAACUGAACACACUUAAGCAGCACCUGAUGUGAUCCAGUUAAUUGUGUUUUUUUCUUUUUUUCAGCUCCAAACAGUUCACUUUGUAUUUAUCCUUUUCCGUUUCUUUUCGCAGAACUGCUUCCUAGAAUGUGCAUAUCAAUAUGACGACGAUGGCUACCAGUCAUACUGCACUAUCUGCUGCGGAGGACGAGAGGUGCUCAUGUGCGGAAACAACAACUGUUGUCGGUAAGGCCUCUUAUGGGCUCUGACGUAGAAAAAACUUAAAGGUCUGGGCCUCUUCAGGAGAGGUGCAGAGACAUUGAAUAAACAUGCAAACUAGCUAAACUACAUUAGGAGCCCUUCAAAAUAAAAGCAUUUGUUAAUGAAAAAUAGAAAAAUGUCAAACAAAAACUCUAGAUUUCUCUGAAGCUGGAUAAUACAGAUAUUCAGAGUUAGGGGUUCUUUGAUUAAUGAUCCAAUAUCUAAGAGCAUGUGUCUAUUUAAGUAAUUCUUAUUUUCUAUACAAGAACAAUGUACUUUUAUAAGGUCAGUGCUCAGUGUUUGAAGCACAGAAAUGCCCUCUGGAUCAGCUGUUCUAUGUUAAUGCGCUCUAAGUUGAAAAUUAUUCGACUUUCAGAACUUACUGUGCUCGCUCUGCUGCCUAACCGACUAAUUAAAAUCAAGAAGGGGCGGGAUUUCGGAUACAAACUUUGUCAAUAACUGCGGUGGAGGACAAACCAACCUGACUCAUUCUUCAAGGGUACAACUUCCUACUCUAUAGCUGUAAUUAAAGUAGAGCAAUUAAAAACUGAAACUGAACUAGCAGGUGCUUAAAGAGCAAAAGACAGUGUUAAUAAACACAGACCCUACUUUCUCUCAGGUGGAGGUUAACCGUUACAGAGUAAGCCCCGAGAUAAAAUAAUUAAAAGACUGCCAGUAAAAGCUGAAAGAAAUUUACGACAUUUCUGCUCUGUUUUUAUAUGCACAUGAUAAAAGUCAUACUCUGACUGAUGUUCUUAGGUGGACCUUUAAAUCAUUCCAGGUUAAUAAGGGGAGGUAAAUGAUAAAUAAGUUUUACUGCAGUUCCUUAGCUUAAGCUGGAACAGACAUUUAUGGACCGAAUUGCUCCUUAGAGAAAGAUCCAUCCUCUAAAUGUCCUUACAAACCCCCUGGUUAUGAACUCAUAUGAUGGGUCUAUGUCAUGCAUUUAUCUUACAUAUCAAACCUGGAGUUUUUUUUGCAGUCUGUAAACAUGUCAGCUGCAAUAACAGGACACAUUUGAUGAAGAGAAGUAUUAUAAAUCUAAUAUUGAGUCAACUAAACUGCCAAAUAACAAAUUAAAACAUUGCAUUACUAUGUGUAAGGUACAGUUUUUGAGUUUAAUUAAGUUUUGUGAACUUCUUUAAACAUUUAUUACAUUCUACUGACAUGGUAUCAUUUUUUUAUGUCUGUGUCAUUACAGUUUCCAAGUUUCAAAAUCAAUUGAGAUACACAAUUACAAAGUUGUGCCAUGAAGUCAUUCAGGAAUUCGCGUCCUUCUAUGAACAGUUCUUUCUACAGCACAGAUGGCGAGACACUGCUAUCGCUGCACAUACUGAACGCAUAAUGGCGUCUUUGUAGCGCUGUCACCGAUAUCAAAGCAGUGAUGUUACACACUAUAACGGUGGUCCGCUGGCCGUGAAUAUUUGAUCACAAAUAUUACAUAAAGUGUGGUUGUAUGUCAGCUGAAUGGGCCACUGUUUGUUAUAAAAGAAACAGUCUGAUGCGUGCGCCCUCACACAGUCAAACAACAAGAUUAAAGUCGAGCAAAAUACCACUGAGAACAGAAUCAGCCUUGUCAGUCACAUGUAGGACCAGUCAGCACACAAUAGCUUGCUGUCUGUUUAGAUGAUAGUUUCUGGCAUUUAGAUGACAUUUCAGUGGUAACUGGCUGCCACUCAAAACCCCCAAACAUCAUUCAAAACCAUUAAACCUGGGCCUUGUAGAUAAACACAAAGACAGACCAAUUGUGGAAAUUGUGUGUCCUGAUCUCUGAUUGGUCGCAUAACAAAUCCUAUUAAAAGACAGAAACCAACCAUGAGUCUAGUUAUCAUAAUUAUUGAGGCUACUUUUGCGGUACUCAGCCUCAGACCCUACCAGAGAUACAAGUAUGUGCAGUUUUAUUUUCGGGGUGGAAAACUUACAGCUGCAGAUCAAACCGGUGGUUAUAACAACAACAUGACUGUGCACAGCCUCCAUGUUUGUUUCAAUGACAGGAUCAUGUGACCCAAAAGCAACAGUGAUGCUCUUUGAUGAGGUUUGUAAAGUUAUGGGCAACGAUGGAGUACAAAGAGUACGAUGAAUCAGGCUUAACCACACAGAAACUUUUUAUCCUUGCCAAUUUUUUGCUCUUCUUUUUGAUGCCUUAAUCGGGUUGGUGACUAACCCUAACCCUAAAUACAAAAGAAUUGUUUUUUUAACAGCACUUACGCUUCUUUUGGGAAUCAGGGUUGUACAUUAACAGCCAUAAAUCAAAUGAAUAUAUUUGAUUAUGCGAACUAACAAAUUUAUAAGUGGAAAAAGAGAAGCAACGCAUGGUGAAAAGAGACUGCAAGGCUCCUCAUGAGAUAGAUUUCUUUAAAAAUUAUACUCUACUGUUAUAAGUUCAGCUGGCUCUUGGCUUUUAAAGCUGAUUUGCUUGCAGUUAAUGUUUAUUCUGACGUGUAACUACCUGAUACCUUGCUGACUUAAAGGGAUAUUCCGGUGUAAAAUUAAUUUAGGGUCAAACACACUGUAACACCGGGUUAGACACCCCGUCAAGAGAUGAAUGUUGCCGACCGCUUGCUUUUGUAGUGAUACCAACUUUAGUAACGACCCCACGAUAGCAAUACACAGCGGUCAUAGGAGCCAUAAACAAACCUCAACCAAAACGCCGCUUUAUAGCCACAAAUAAUGCUCAGAACAGCACCUAACUUCAUUAACAGUACAUGUAGGGUCCCAGCCAUAGUACUAGCCACCAAACAUCUUUUUAACUUUGCCUGAUUACUUUAGCAAAGAGACUAGACACAACUCACCUACUCUCUUCCAGCAGCCGCUUGUUUGUAGGGAGACCUCAGGCCAGUCCAUUACGGUCUACAGCUGGGGGGUCGCAGCUCAAGGAAGAACAUUAAUGAUCAUUUCUUUAUGGAAAUGCAAUCAGACCGAGACGCUAAGACAGAAGAACUACCGUAUCUGCAGUGCAGAUUGAUCAGUGUGAUGAUUAUUACUUCAAUGAAAUGAUAAAAUAAUAAUCAUAAAUGUUCUUCCUUGAGCUGCGUCACCCCCGCCUCAGUCGAUGAUGGACCAGUCAAGGUCUUGCUACAAAACAGAAAAAUAAUUUUAAGCCAGAAUAUCCCUUUAAAGAGAAGAUAGAUGGUGUUUGCUAAUCAUCCUCUCUGGCCCGUGUUUAGAUGUUUCUGUGUGGAGUGUGUCGACCUCCUCGUUGGUCAAGGUGCAGCUCAUGCAGCCAUCAAAGAGGAUCCGUGGAACUGCUACAUGUGUGGUCAGAAGAGUGUGUUCGGCCUCUUACUGCGCCGCACUGACUGGCCUAGCCGCCUCCAGCACUUCUUUGCAAACAAUCAUGAUCAAGAUUUUGUGAGUAAAGCUCCUUCAGGCUCUAAUUCAAUCGUGCUAACUGUCUCACAAAGAAGUCCUUAAUUUGUUUACAACCUCUGUGUUUCAUUUCAGGACGCACCAAAGCUUUACCCCCCAGUCAUGGUGGAGAAAAGGAGGCCCAUCCGUGUCCUGUCGCUAUUUGAUGGCAUAGCAACAGGUAAGAGAGAAAAUAGAGCCUCUCCUUCCAACUUGACUAAACUUAAUGUCCGUUUUUUUGUGAUUUGACAACAAAGGCGACAUUUCUCUUUGUUUAUCACAGCCAAGUAAAAAUAUAGUCUAACCUCUGGCACUAUUUCCUGCAGGGUUACUGGUACUGAAAGAACUUGGCAUCCAAGUGGACCGCUACGUAGCUUCUGAAGUAUGUGAAGACUCCAUCACUGUGGGUAUUGUCCGGCAUCAGGGUCGCAUCAUGUACGUUGGCGAUGUGAGGACCGUCACGCGCAAACAUGUGAGUUUGAUUUGUCAUGCUGAGGGAUGUGUCGAGUGUGAGUGACGUUUUCUUACAAAUAUACAAGGAGUUUGCUCUUCUCUAGCUGAUCCCAUAAGGAGCCUUUACAUACUAAGACUGGAUAGUUUGAAUUUUUGCUCUUAUUGGAGGGAAACAAGUGUAUUGUACACAAUUAUGGAGGUGCAUAGUUAAUUUAAAUGUUACUGUGCAACUUUAAAAGACCGUAAAUUCUUGCUUGUGCAUGAGCAAAAACAGAGAUACACACUCACCGCUAAAGUUGCUGUUUGUGCAGAGAAAUGGUCAAAGUAACAGAGGAGAAAUGCUGUACUUGGGUCAGAUUGUAGUCAAAGAAAUGAAGCUGGAGGAAAGCUAACCAUCAGAAUGUCCUACAAGCAAUGACAAAGGCAUGCAGUUAUAAAUAAAACACAAGUUUGUAUCCCACACACUUUGUCAUUUUAUCUGCUGACUGUCAACACCGACUGACCCGGUCCAGCUUGAUCAGAUCAGUCGCGGUAACUAAAUCAUAUUUAUAACCCACAUCGCUAGCUUGUGUAUGAGUGUGUGUGUGUCCCUGCUGCAACAAGCUCUUAUAGCGGUGAUUAGACUUUAAAGAUUAAUGAAGAUUAAAAUUUAUCAGGCAUGAUUUUAAUGAAAAACAAAACCUUCUUAUCAUACAGUGAAAUAUGGUUGAAGUAUACAUGCAGAUGGUCCUGCUAUGGACCAUAAGUUUUCUCUGUUGAAAUUGAGAAAUCUAACGUAUGCAGGAAUACAAAGCGCUCCACUUUUGUUGGAUUUUAUGGGUUUGUCGUCACAGUCGAGGAGAGCAGACAGUCUCAGCUGCCUCACGAUCUCACUACAGGUCCCUGUUCAGCACCACAAUCUGUUGUAACAUCCAACAGUCAAACACCACCACUGUGAGCUAUUAUAUCAUGCCAUCUGAUAUCUGCAUGACUAUCACACGACUGCCUCUCGUAUUAGUUCUGGACCGCUCUGCUGCAAAGAAAACUAAUUUAGCUCGUGAUCUCAUUUCACACAGUGUUCCCUUUAUAUCUGCCUGAUGACGUGUUGUUGACAGCUGAAGUAUUCUUUUUUUGGAUAAGCUGCUCUAUCGAGAAGCUCUAGUAUUUGUGGAUUUUUGACACCAAGACCCCAAAAAAAUAUGCAGUCAGAAAAUCUUUGGCUGACAUUUUUAUGAAUGAAACUUGCUCAGGAAUUAGACUGAAGACUGCUCUGUGUGAAAGUUAUUUUUAUGUUUGCUAUUUCAUGGCAUCUGUCUGGACUUUUGAAUCUAUAUCUUACCAUGUAAAGCCCCUUCCUGCUGGGAGAGUGUAUACACCUUUCUCUACUUUUACCUUGGAGUGUAUGAACUUCUUGAAGUUCAGCACAAUACAUUACAAUUUCAGCGUUAUCUCACUUUUAGAAUUUGCUAUAAAAACAUGCAAAAGUGAAUAAAUAACCAUAACAACACAAAAUUAUCUGAAGUAAUUAAGCGCUGCUCUCUCACUCAGUAUACAUGGAUUUUAAUCAUUGGAUGGAGGUCUGGUUAUUACACCAUUUGAAUGCAGUCAGGUUGAACCCGAGCUGUCUAGCAGUUUCUCUCAGGACAUUUUCAAAGCGUCCGCCAAACUCUGCUGUGAACUCUGUUUCACAAUAGAUGAAAGUUAAAGGAGAGUUUAACUAAAUUACCUAACCAUACAACACCUAAUCUAUACUGCCUCUGUCUGUGUGAAGGUGUUCCUGACUCUGUAUCUUAUCUCUUUACAGAUACACGACUGGGGUCCUUUUGACCUAAUUAUUGGCGGAAGUCCAUGCAAUGACCUCUCCAUAGUCAAUCCUGCGAGAAAAGGUCUCUUUGGUACGCUCAUUUUUCACUGUUGUGUUGUGUCGUGAUGUUUUCAUGUUAUUUUAAUUCUUACAUCCCUCCACAUGUUGAUACUGAAUGACUGUUUCUGUCUCACAGAGGGCACAGGCCGCCUGUUCUUUGAGUUUUACCGGCUGCUCCAUGAGGCUCGACCGAAGGAGGGAGACGACCGGCCUUUCUUCUGGCUCUUUGAAAACGUGGUUGCUAUGGGUGUCAGCGAUAAGAGGGACAUAUCUCGCUUUCUAGAGGUCAGCUUUUGUCUGUCGGCUAAAUAAUAAGUUUAUCUUAUCCUACAGGUUCGAACUAAUCAUAACUUCUGCUAACUUUGUAGAUUUUAGACUCGAGAGUAGAUACAGUCAGAUGGGAUGCAAUGAUGUCGGGGAAUGACAGAUUAUUUAUGCCCCCUUGUGGCAGUAACUUAUCAUCUCUGAAUAAUGAUCAUUAGGAGACAGGGCACAUUCACUUUAUCUUGUGUUAAAUAUUGCCCAUAUUGAGGUUUGAGCCUGAUUAGCUAUUGGUAGAAGAAUAUCCUACCUUUUUCAAAUAGGAAUACUUUUGAGUUAUACUGGAGCCGAUCACUUUGAGGUUUUUGUCGUCUGCCAAAGCUUUACAAAGACAACACCACAAAGAUGCUACUGUGCGUACACUUCCUACCUUGGAUCCUCUCAAACUGCUGUCUUGUCCUCUCUGCUCCACUCUGAUUUCAGUGCAACCCAGUGAUGAUCGAUGCCAAGGAAGUGUCGGCAGCCCACCGCGCCCGCUACUUCUGGGGUAACCUCCCUGGCAUGAACAGGUUGGUUUUCAUGGCGAGGAGAGCAGCAGCCUGUGACAUACACAAGGGGAAUUGAUAUUUUAGAUAACUCAUGCUUUAAACAAGGCUAAAAGAGUCAGUCAUACAUCCAUGACAGUCAUUUUUAAACUAAAUAGAGGUAUAAUUUCUUUUUAGAGAUGAGUGUGAAAUCAGGCAACAUGAAUCUUGAUACUUGACCAAGAUAGAAACUCUGAAUUCCUUUUUAUGACUACAAUGCAGCUAAACAUGUGGUUUAAUAUCAAACUAAUGCAUGUUUUGGAAGUCAGUAUGAAAAUAAAAACUGUCAUUGAGGACAACCACUAAAUCUCAUUCCUAUAUAGGCUUUGGUUACUUUUUCUAGUGCUGAAUUCGUUUAUCAAACUACAGUAUGUCUCACUUUACAUUCUGUCUCCUCUGGACUCUUCUUUUCUAGACCUUUGACUGCCAUGAACAACGACAAGCUCGGCCUCCAGGACUGUUUAGAACAUGGCAGAACAGCUAAGGUACUUCUCUAUUACUUUUGUAUAAAUACAAAUACAGAUUCAAAUAAAGACAAAUACAGUUUUUAAAAAGGUUGGGAUACUGAGGAGACUGUUUUAACAAAUUUUGCAAAUCAUUCAAACCCCUUGUUUGAUUGAAAAAUAGCAUAAAAGCGGAAAAUCAAGUGAGGGAGACUGCAAAAGCAAACAGUAUGCAUUUUACAAUGAUUUUCCUUAGGGCAAAAUUGAAAUUAGGUUUGGGAUUUCUUAAUCUGAAGGACAUAAUAUCAUGAGAAAUCGCUGCACCAGCUUGUUAUCAGCACAGAUUUCAAAAGCCAGCGUUAGUGAUGGUACUGGGAGCGUAAGUGCUCAUGCCAUGGGUAGCUUAUACAUUCAGGAAGCCACCAUGAGGUUUUGGAGCAACACAUUCUGCCAUCUAGACUAUGCUUAUCACCAAGGAAGAGUGCGUAUUUCAGCAAAGCAAUGCCAAACAACAUUCUGCACAUUUAACAACUCCAUAACAGAGGAGUCUGACCUGCAGCAAGUACAUUUAAUAAUCUGUUAGUACAAAUAUGUUUUUACUGCUCUCUCAUGCUUUUAAAACUGAGAGGAAAAUGAGGAAGUUAAAUGUGAUAUUUGUUUACAAAGGCAACAGCUUCAUUAAUAACAUAAAAACGAAUAAAACACGACAUUGACAGUGACUGCUUAAUGCAGGAGUUGCCAAUUAUGCACACUGGUGACACCCAGUGGCAACAAAGAGGUAACUAAAUCUGACCCACACACACCCUUUUUGAUCUAUAAAAGAUGUCAACCUUUAUAACCUAAUAGCAAUGUCAUCUCAAAGGAUGGAAACAACUAUUCAUACUCAUGGAGUAAUUUUCCUUCCUCAGUUUGAGAAGGUGAGGACCAUCACCACCAGGUCUAAUUCCAUCAAACAGGGCAAAGAUCAGCAUUUCCCGGUCUACAUGAAUGAGAAGGAAGACAUCCUCUGGUGCACUGAGAUGGAGAGGUAUGUCGACAUAAAGGUUCCCCCUCUUGUUCUUCUCUGCUCUGUUCUUCUUUUCCCUUGUUCUGCUCACCCUCCAAGACUGUUUGUUUAAAUCUGCUGGUCUGGCCUUUACCUCCUAUCAGGGUCUUUGGCUUCCCAGUCCACUAUACGGACGUGUCCAACAUGAGCCGACUGGCGAGGCAGAGGCUCCUGGGUCGAUCAUGGAGCGUCCCAGUUAUCCGCCACCUGUUUGCACCACUCAAAGAUUACUUUGCCUGUGAUUGA